CUUCGAAUCUUAUCGAGAUUUCGGGACCUUUGUAUACGCCACAGAACCAGAAGGACCAGAAGAAAUAAAGAACAGUGUGGUUCGUAGGUUAAUUGUGCAAAUUUGUGCGCGGCACCGUAUAUAUUUGGAUUGCAUUUUCGUAUUAUUUGAGAAAAUGAAGCUUUUAACACACAACAUGUUAACUUCAAAAUGUCUAAAAGGAGUGUCCGUUGGUUAUCCUCUUGGGAUUGUUGCAAAGGACAUUAAAGUUUCGGAGGUAGAUUUCAAUUCGGAACUCAUUGUUAGAAUAAUACCAAAAUUGGAUUGGGCUACUUUGUGGAAAGCUGCAGAAAGUAUUGGCCACGUUGGUGAAUUGCCACAAACUUUGAUACAAGAUUUUGAAACGAAUGAGGAUUUUUUGAAAAAGGUUCAUCACGUUCUGCUGGAAGUUGAAGUGAUAAAUGGAGAUUUGUUAUGUCCAGAGUCUGGCAGAAAAUUCCCAAUAAAUGAUGGAAUACCAAAUAUGUUAUUGAACGAAGACGAAGUUUGAGGUUCUCCAGCACAAAUCUACACUUUAAUGUAUCAUUGUUCCAUCAUUAACCAGUCCUAAUUAUUUCUCAUCUAAAGAAAAAAAAUAGAGCACAAUUUUAUAGGUUUGUUGGAACAUUCAUAAAAGAUCUCUGUAAUUCAGUUCUUCAAAAACAUUGACUUGUUAUCAAACAUUCUCUGAUUUUUCACUAAUACAAAUGGAGAGUAUUAAAUCAAAACAAUGUCUGUGAAUUGAUAACCAUUUAUAAUAACUGAUCGAUAAUUGUUGUCAUAGAAAGUUUAAAAUCGAUCAAUGAACACUCCUGCGCUUGGCAUGAUAUUAGAAAUUCAAAGUUCAUUGCAAGAAACAUUUUACUUUGAAUAAUGUGCUCUCACUUGGAAGAUUUCAACACUUUUGCAAGAUUGUAACACUUUUCUCAAAAUUUUUUCAAACUUGUUUCUUAAUAAUAAAAGCUAUGCUAACUUCGAACAUGAAAAAUGAUAUUAAUUUUCAUAAUUGAAUUGAAUGAUGUUAUUGAGCACAUAAAUUCAAAAAGAUUUUUAUAACUGCAAUCAAUGCAAUAUGUUUUAUGGCUGAAUGAUCAAUGCAAAAGUGAACACCGUCAUUGAAAAAAAAAAUUGUAUAACGAAGAGAACCUUCAAUGUAUCAUUCCGUAAUUCUUGUUUUUGACUCUGAUAAAUAUUUUCUCUUUAAUGCAGUAACGUUUUCAAUCUAGUCGCAAGUCUGAACUGAAAUUUAUUCUCGAAGCUGUGCAUCAAGAGAAAAAUAUUGGCUCUAUUCUAGAAUGAACGAUAACUUUUUUCCGACGAUCGUAGUUGUUUUGUCAAUAUUCGAACGUUCCAAAAAAUCCUAUCUUUAGAUUUCAUACUUCGCUAUCGUAGAUUCUAGUAAAUACAUUUCUAUAAAUCUCUCGAAGAUUUAAAAUUAAAAUGUGAUAUUAUUAAGUUAUUGACCAUCGAGUCAAACUCUUGUUAUGAUUGUACAAAUUAGACAUAUUAGAGGUCCACUCUUUGUACUAAACAAGAAUAUUUUUAUUUUCAAUGAUAAGUUCUCCAGCAGGUUUCAAGUAGACGCAUUCUUCGAAAUCUUUUUUAAGUUUUUAUCAGGAAUGUGCAAAAUCGUGUUAUCCGCUUAGAAUUGAAAAUUCAGCAAAUUCAAUGUCAGAUUGAAGUUGAGUUAUUUUUAGCUGCAUUUAUCAAUGAAUAAGAAAAAAAAUGUAAUUUUUUCAAUCUCUAAAUUCAAUAAAUAGUCAUAAAAUAA